GGUCCUUGUCUGACGAUCAACCUUAACGAUCAAAUCUUUGUCUCCCAAGUUUCGGAAAUUAACCACUGACUCCAAUAGUUUCCUUGUCAGAGGAAGCAGGUUAGUUGCACUUUACACAGCAUCCCAACCAGUAUUUUAACAACAUCUACUGGCUCCACCUUCCGUCAAUCUUCACCAUGAAGACUUUUCUUAUCCUAGCGAUGGCAGUUGCUCUAGCGAAGGCUCAAUCAACGGACGAAAUCACCAACUUAGUUCAGUUCGGCAAUCUUGUUAUGUGCCUGGGAAACAUUGGCUACACGGAAGGGUUGGAAUACGACGGUUAUGGCUGCUUUUGUGGCAAAGGAGGGAAAGGCACACCUGUGGACGCAACUGACAGAUGCUGCGAGGUUCACGACAACUGUUACGGACAAGCCGUGGAAGAGGGAAAGUGCUGGUCUGUCGAAACCUACGGUACCACGUAUUGGUACGACCAAUCCACAUCUUCUGGGAGCUGUUCCAUCAGAUGCUGGGAAGAGGGUGAUUACAACUCUCUUGUCCCAAGUAAAGCAUGCAAGGCCGCUAUCUGUGAAUGCGACCGCAAAGCGGCGCAGUGCUUCGCCGACAACCGGCCUACGUUCAACCGCAAAUAUCUCAAUUAUGCCAAGGACACCUGCUAGUCAAUUCUUGAAUAAGUACAUGACUUGCAUACCGCCGCUGGUUGAGAACAGAUUGAAUAAAUAUCUGGAGUAAUGAAUUAACGUAUUAACAAAAUCAUGAUGAAAACGACAUUUUCUGGGAAAAAAAGGCCUUUUAGAGUUCGACAGUCGUAGCUAUAUAAACGAUACGGUGACAUUUUAUUUUACAAGAGCCUUAUUGAAGUAUAACGAAUUUAAGAUUUACACACGACACAAUUAUGGAAAAUGUUUUGGCAAUGAGUACUGAUAGGCAGCAAUUUUCACGACCAUUGGAGACUUCCUUCUCCCACUUAUUACCAAGCUGAAAAAUUCCACAUUCCACACGGCGCAUGACGAGUGGGCUUGUCAUUUGCAAGACGGAUUUUUAAGUUUGUCAAGAUCUUUUGUUGACGAUAGUACUGGUAAGAAAAAUUAGCAAUAACCACUUUUAAACAUAUGGAGAUUUGAUUUUGAUUUUCACAUUCAAAAUUGAAAAUUUUGGUGAUUUACUCGACAGGCAGAAAACAACAGGGAGAAGGAUGCUUGUUCUCCAAUCACUCAAAAGAAAAACAAAAAACUUACGACCUCUCAUGACAUUCCCCUCCCCGAAUUCACCAUUAUAGACACUGCAAGCCCUAGUUACACCAAUCGGAUAAGAGACCAUUCAAUAAAUCAACAUUUUGAUUUCAUUUUUGAGAUCUACCGAAUUUGUUGGUUGUCAAAAAAUGCAUACUUUGAAUUAACUUAAAGACAAGAUCGCCGUAACAAUUUCUAAAAUCUGCAGUAUUUAUUUAUGAAUUAGUUAUCGCAACUACAUCUCACAAUUUUGCUUGAUUUAACAGGCUAGUAACAAAAACUUGAUACCCAUUGUUAAAAAAUCGAGAACAACUCCUCAAGCAAAAUGACAGAGAGGCUCCAGAAAACCAGACUUGACAUGAACAAAAGUAGAAGAAUUAAAAUUAUUCACAUCAUUGAAGAUUAUACAUACACACACACACACCGUGGGGGUAAUCUAUUCGGUAUUUGUUUCCAUUACAUCUUGGUGGACGUAAUGUAUACCUUAAGGUGUUGUCAGAGUAUGCAGAAAGAGGGGACUCAAGUUUGUAUCCUGAAUCUUACAAUGUCUCUAGUUUCAUAGGUUGUAAGGCAUUCUCAUAAGAUACACCUUGACCAAUCAUUCUCAAAUCCCCUUUCCGAAUAUGGCAUUUCUUUCCAAAUUACAUCUUACACUCACGCAUUUUUAUUAGUCUCUGUGUGAAUCUUGAGUGCGUUUUUUUUUAUUAUAAAAGGGGUAUUCUAUGGUUGAUCUGUCGACUAACAUCACGGCACACUUUUAUGUUCAGUCACAUGGUCGAAUACAUUGUACUCAAACAUGACAGUAUGGUACGCUCAGAACAAUUGUUGUAGAACUAAAAUCCGGUUUGGUCUCUUGGAUGUAUUAUUUCAUUAGGACUUUUGGUGGGCCUGAUACCGACUUAUAGAGCCUUAGCUUGGCGUUUGGGGGAACUGAACUGAGUCAAACUGAAUGGGAAUCUAAUUAGUCGAAUUGAACCGAGUCGAUCUAAAUAGCAAUUUAGUUGAAUGGAACUUAGCGUAACUAACUAUAAUCAGAUAAUUAUACUGCAUAAAUUCAGAUAUUCAUAGAGAUUUCCUAGUUAUAUAUCAUUUGGUUUUGUCAAUGUAAAAGUCAUUGCAUAUUGUCGCUGCUCAUAGCAUUGGAGUCAAAUUUCGUAUUCAUUCUUGUUUCUGUCAAUCUUCACUUUUUGGAGCAAAUCAAUGAUUAAAUUAUUUUAAUUGGUUUCUUUUAUGGUGCGAUA